CAACAAACUUUACCUUCUAUCAUAACUCAUACUCUCAUCGUAAAUAUGUCUUCCCAAGAGCCCAGCAAAGUAUCUGGUCAAUUCCACUCUGUCAAGGGUACCGCCGUCGAGACAAUCGGCGACAUGACCGGCGCGCAAUCUUGGUCGCAGUCGGGUAAAGAAGAACAUGCCAAGGGGGAGGGCGAGGUUACUGUGGAGGGCGUUUCUGACAGGGUUACCGGCUACAAGGAUUCAGUCGUUGGCGCUGUGACUGGCGAUAAAGCCCAGCAGACAUCUGGGAAUCAAGAGAUCAACAAGCCUACAUGAGUCCCAAACCUGUCUGCCUUGUAAAUAUUGUACCUUGCCCGAUUUCGGAGUGGAUAUGUAUUGUUUCUAGUAGAACGAUUUUAAUAUCAGUGUCUAUCGGUCUUUCUUGA